UGGACUACCUGUCCCACAGAGCCUUGCGGGGAGGGGGGGCCUGGCGCCCGGAAAGAGGUGCUGGCAGUUGGUGGCAGGGCGGCUAGUUCAAGUUGCCAUGGCGGCGAAGUGAGGCGGUAUGUGGAGCCCUUGGCCGUGCUCAGGGAAAUGGUCAGCUUCGCCUCGGGGAGCUGUCGCUAUCUCCUGUAGCUGCUGUGUGGUUUCAAGAUACUAAUGGCAGAUUCAUCUAGUGAUUCAGACAACUUUUUUAGGGCUCGAAUAGGAAGGCAGCCACCUUUGAGAGCAUCCCACAGCAGAGCUCGGAACUAUGGUGCGGAAGAAGUUACAGAGAAGAUCCAUACUUUAGCAAGCACAUUACAGGAUACCAACAGAAAUCUAAGACAUGUUGACCAUUUGCUGGGACAAUACAGAGAAUACAACAAGGAACAAACUGAAGUGAUAGCAACUUUAAAAGAAACACUGGAACAAUCUAUAGGUCAAUUAAGGAGCCAACGAUUAACCCGGAACUCUGAAAUGAGAAGUGCUUCUCUCUCAAGCUUAUAUCCUAGUGAUCUAGAUGGAGGAGGAGUGUCAGGGAACCGCCACUUCCUGCCUACUUCUCCUCUCAGGGAUUAUGGAGACUCACAGGGCAAUAAACAUCGAAGGUCUAGAUCUGCAAGUGUUCGAUUCGUCAAUGAGGCAGAUAAUUUUGACCAGCUGCAUUCUUUCCACCAGUCUCUUCGAGAUCUCAGCAGUGAACAACUUCGCCUAGGAGAUGACAUCAGUCGGGAGUUUUCAAGAAGAAAUCGCACUGAAGCUGAAUUAAGAAAAACUGUAGAAGAAUUGUCUGGAAAGCUUACUGAGUCCCAAAGACAAGAAACGGUAUUGGAACGGGUAGAGAGAAGACUUCAAGAGAUAGAACAAGAAAUGCAUGCUAAAAGACAAGUUGUAGAAAGGCACCAGGACCAACUGGGACAUAUGUCUCUUCAAUUGCAAGAGGCUUUAAGGAAGCGAGAUGCUAAAGCAGAUGAAACAGAAGAACUCAUGAGAAAUAAACUUGUGAAAUAUGAAAGUGAAAAGAACCAACUUGAGCAAAAAUUGGAACAGUCACAGAAAAAGUUGAGUGAAUCAGAAGGCAGAAGAGAAGCUCUUUUACAUCAGAUAGAGGAUCUUCGUUCCCAACUUUUGAGAGCAGAAGAAGACCGUGUAGAGUUACAACGUCAAAUUUCGCACCGGCUGAGCUACCAGGAUGUACAAGAUAAUGACAGGAGAAUCAGAACAGUAGCUGAAAGAUAUGAGAGAGAGAAGCAGGAAACGGAGAAACAUAUUUUGGAUCUUAAAGCAAAGUUGAGUCAUAAUGCUGUGAUGUCAGAGGUAGAAGAACUAAAGAGAUGCAUAGAGCGUAAGGACAAGGAGAAAGCACAGCUUGUAAUGCACAUACAGGAGUUAACAUCUGACCUGGAAAACAGGGAGAAGCAGCAGGAAAAAAUUCUGGACCAGCUAAAGGAGAUAGAGAGUUGCUACAAGGCUUGUGAGGAUGGCCGUAGACAAACUGAACUCCAGUCUGCUGAGUUAGCUCAGCAGGUGGAAGAGAGUACCAAAGAAGCAGAACGGUACUUCACUGAAUUCAAGCAAGCCGAGGCACUCAGGCUGGAGGCUGAGAAAAAAAGAGAAGAUCUGAAAGUGAGAGCGCAGGAAACUAUCCGCCAAUGGAAGCUGAAAUAUAAGAAACUGAAUCAUGAGGUGGAAAAACAAAAUGAAACCAUCAGCCAGCUGAUGGACAAGAAUAGUCAGGCCCUCAAAGAAAAGGAUGACCUCAGAAGUCAACUUCUCUCUGCUAUACACCAAAUAGAAAACCUUCGGAAAGAGCUGAAUGAUGUGCUUACAAAGAGAGCCCACCAGGAAGAACUCCUCCGCUGUAAAGAGGCAGAACUGAAUGAAAUGAAGUCUCACCAGGUAUCUCUUGAAGAAGAGAUGAAAGAGGUUCAAGGUACUGUAAAUAAACUGGAGAAUGAGUUGAAACAGCAAGUCUUACUACAAAAUCAAAUACAAGCUGAAAAGGAACACUUGGAGACAGAGCUUGCAACUAGUAACUUGAUCCGUAAAAAAGACCAAGAAAGACUCUUAGAAGUGCAAGCAGAUGUAACAAACCUAAGCUCUGUACGUGUGGAACUAACAAAUAGAAUAGCAGAAGAGGAGAAAGUCAGAAAGGAAUUACAUAAGAGCCUCUCAGAUCUCCAGAAACAGCAGGAAUCUAAGCAUGAAGAGGUGACUUCAGCUAACAGGCAGCUGAAGAUGGAAAGAGAAGUUCACCGACAGGAGUUGGCAGAUCUUCAGUCAGAAUUACAAAAUGCUAAAAUCAAACAUGAAGGAAACAUUCAAGAGCUCACCAAACUCCUUAAACAAGAAAAGGGUGAUGCAGAGGCUCAGAUUAGAAUGCUAAAGAUGGAGCUUUUAGAAGAGAAGAACAUAGUGAAAGCUCAGUGUCAGCAACUAGGGAAGAUAAAAUUUGAGUGUGAUAAAUUGACAGAAGAAUUAACCCAAAAUGAAGAAGAAAAUAUAAAACUCAGGCGGAAAUGUGAAUUUAUAAAACAAGAACUGGAGAAAAAGAAUAAACAGGUCAGCAAUGAAGAAGAUCAUUUGAGGAGGAUGGAUGCGGCUAGACUGCAGUUUAAGGAUCAGCUGCGUCACUUAGAAAUGGAACAGGAAUCUAUUCUCACCAUGAUAGGAAGUGAAAUUGAUGUUGCUUGUGAAAUUUUUUCUCGGGACUCCAUGGAGAAAUUAAAAGCAGUAUCGCUUACACCAACAGUUCUGAAUGAUCCUCAUCGCUGGUUAGCAGAAACAAAGACUAAGCUUCAGUGGCUGUGCGAGGAGGUAAAGGAGAGAGAAAGUAAGGAAAAAAAGCUGCGAUGCUACUUACGACAGAGCCGAGAACAGCUCAAGCACUUUACACAGGUGAAGGAGGCUGAACAUCAGUCUCUUUUUAAACAGAUACAAAAGCAAGAAAAACUUCUGGAAGAAGUUCACAGAGAAAAAAGAGAGCUACUAGAGAAGACCCUCAGAAGAGAGGAAGAAAUGGGAGCUAUCCAGGAACGUAUUAUGGCCUUAGAAGUGCAUACUCAAGUAGCUUUAGACCAUCUGGAGACUGUUCCUGAGAAACUGAGCCUGUUAGAAGAUUUCAAAGAUAUUGGAGAGUCCCGUUGCCGAAGGGAGAUUAUUGAGGAAAGAUACACAAAAUAUAAAGAACUGGUAUGUUCUUUACAGCAACAGCUGGAAGAUUCAAAACGAAUAGUUCAACAAUUCAAGAAUGUGAAAAUGGAUGCUGAAAUGUCAGAUACAGAGCUGGUUGCUCCGUCUUCUAGUUGGCAAACUCAAAACAGCUUUUUGUCCAGAUCACUGCUCUCCAAUUCUGGUUCAUUUAUGAAAAGAAUGUCUCCUUUUGAUACAAGUGCCACCAAGGAAGGUUCCGUUAAUGUUGCUGUCAGUGAAGUGAAGCUUCAAGCAGAAAGAGGGAAGCCGUAGAAAAUUUUACAAAAACACACCAUCUUUCUCUGUGACUCCCGGCACAUCUGCUGCUUCAGAAGGUCAGGAAAGCUAACCAGGCACAUUCAUCGGUUCUGAUCUCAGUAGCAAUGACAGGACCAAGAAAAAACAAAACACAGCAAAACAAGUAAGCUUCUACUCUAGAGAAAGCAGGAUAGAUAGAAGCCCAUUUGUGUCGUGGUCUAUGAAGAGUGUGGAUGUCAGGAAGCAGUGUUUAACUCAAGCCACAGUUACCAUAAACUAAACUUACUUUAAAUGUAUCUAACAUUUAUAAUUUGUUUUUUUUUUAAUUAGAUCAGAGCACAGUUGGAAAUAUGGUGUUUAAAAUAUUUCAGCUGGUUUGUCUGGUGAAACAGUAAAAAAUUGCAAAAUAAAAUGUCAGUUUGCAAAUUUUAUGGUACCCACAAAUUAUGGCUAAAAAUAUAGAAAGGUAUUUUUUAAGUAUACUAUACAACAGUAAAUCAUGCUCUCAAAACACCUUGUCUUCUAAUGAGGUCUGGUGCAUAUAUUGCUGAUGGGUAAAUAUAUGCCCUGCCUGCUUUACUAAAGUUGAAAUGAUUUUUGAGGUAAAGGGUCUGUUGGUAAAUGAAUGGGUCUUUAAGAGUCUAAGCUGAGAAGUGAUACAUAGAAAAUUAUGUCCUCUCUUUUUCCUAAGAAAUCUGUAAAAAUCUGGAUAUUGAUUUCCCUCACCAUAUUAUUUAUACUUUUUUUUCAUUUGUAACUCAGAAAUGUAUGUUUCUUUAAAACAGUAUUGCUUCUGCUUUAUAGUGUUAGAAAACUAAGAAUAAGCAGUCUGAACUCCCUCAUCUUUACAUCAACUAUUGAAAUUAUUUUUGUACCAUGCGGGACAGAAAUUGCUUCUAGGUGAAUGAUUUUGGCUUUAAGACUUUAAAUAUGCUCAGGGCUUAAUCUGUUUGCCUUGAGCCAUGUGACUGGGUUUUCAGCAGAGUUUUAUAUCCUUUUUAAAAAUUUUCUAAAUGGGCUGGGGGAACAGAAGGGAAGAAGUCAAACAACCGAAAAAAGAGAGGAAUUUUUAAUGACUAGACUUAUAGAUUCCUAAGCCAGGAAAUUCUUUCUGCCCUCUUGGCAUGGCCAUCCAGAUAGCCUGUAAUAUUUUCUCUCUUUCACCUUUGGUAGAGGUUCAUAUUACAAAGUGAAUUUUGUUUCCUUUUUACUGAAGGCUAAAGUUCCGUUCAUGACAUUAUGUAAAACUGUCCCUUUGUGAUUUAGGAAAUAAUAUUUUUUCCAUAGUGGCCUGAAAUAAGACUCUUCUAACCAGUUUCAGUUUUUAAAGUAGAAAAACUGAGAGGUUUUUUAGCAAAACAUUUUUUGUAUUUCAGGUCUUUAAAGUUGCUGUCCCUUUUGAUAAUCACUUCUUUUUUUUUUUUUUUUCCCCUAUGUUUUAAAACUUUAAUGACCUGUUCCUCAAUUCCUGCCCAAAGCAGUAGUUUUCAAAAAUCAAAAAAUAUGGUAUCAUACCUACGAAUGGUGGUUUGUUCCUUUGUUCUCUUCAGCAUUUGGUAGAUCAGAAAUCUUUGUAUGUAUGUACUAAAUACAUUUUUAACAAGAUGAUAUUAGACAUCCAUUUCUUUAAUGCUGUCACUGCAGUGGUUCAGUAUAGUGCUUUCUGAAAUGCACUGGCCUUUUAUUUUAGCAUCAGAUAAUUGUCACUUGAAUAACCUUUAAGUUUUAUAUCCAUCAGUUCCUUAAUGCUUUACAGCAGACUUGAUUACUUUUUUUAAAUUGCUUUUUGUGAUGGUAUUUACUAAGUAUUUGCUUUUAUUAUGUAAUUAUGUCAUCCUAAGAAGAAACAUAAAAAUAAAACUUUUUCCAGGAUAAAAAAUAAAAUUCUAUAGUAUAAAACAAAGCAAUUUUCUUACAUUGAAUUCUCAGAUUUUGAUGGGUGUAGUGGUGGUGAAAAUACUCCCUGGAUAUUCAAACCUCAGCCACAUUUUCACAAGGUGUCCCACCAAAGUAAAUAAAGAUAUAUUGAAAUUCCUUAGACCAAAGAGAAUACUAUUCUAAAAUCCACUUUUGAUCUAAGGAAUCUACAUAUCAGUUCAUCUGUGGAUUGCAAGACAUAGUCUCUGCACUAUGUAGCACUGAAUGGAUUUUUCAUGAAUGAAAAUGCCAAUAUUACUCUGAAAAUAAACAAGUAAGUAUUUUUGUAACACUGUUACCAUUUUUAUGGCUCAAAAUGAGUAGUAUAAAACCUGAAUACAUUCUCAUAUCUACAUAUCUGAUAUUCUCUUUGCAAAAGAAAUUAUUUGUAAAUUUAUGUGGGAAUGCUUCAUAUAGUCGAAUUUUACCAUGGGUCUGUUAAAUUCUUUGCAUUCAAAGGAUGUUAGUAAUAUAUUUAUCUCUCUCAGGACCGUCUUGACCUCACAGAAGGAAGUGAUAUUGAGGUUAAUGUGAGCUGCAGGCUGGUAUCUGGGGAUGCAACCUUGUCAAAAAUGGACAUCACAGAAAUUACUGUGGUUUUGAUCUAAUUGUAGAAUUUAGAAGCAGAUCUAGAGGAAAACCUAGUAGUAGAAAGAAAGAAAAGCAGCUCAUAUUAAAUGAGAAUAUUGGAACACUUUUAUUCUUGGUUCCAUAAUUUAAAACCUGCUUUAGACCUAGUAUGCACAUCUAAAUGAAAGUGAUCCCUCAAUAAAUUAUUUUUGUUACAUACUAAAAUGCUCUAUAGCGCAACUUAUCUCAACUCUUUGCUGUAAGCAUGUCUAAGCUGUUGUAGUAUGAACUGUUUUACUUUUCUGUGUAAAGAACUAAACCAGAUGUUAAAUCUGAAGAACACUUUAGUGUUCUAUACAGAAGUAGAGCAGAGCAGAAUUUGGCAGUCUCAGUUUUUCAAAAAUCUGUAAACUAAUGCCUCUGGGAAUGUUGACAACAAAAAUGAAAGAGAUUGCUGUGGUUAAAAUACAGCAACAUACAGCAUUUAUCAUUCCUACUAGCAACAAUAGCUGUCAUGUUUCUAAAGCUAAAGUUGCACGUCUGCCAUUUCUCAGGUUGCAAGGAUGAGACUGGUUUCUCUUGCCUUUAUAGUGGCAAAAUCUGUAAUGUCAUGAGCCUUGAGCAAACACACAGUGAUGAUAUUUGUUUUAAAUUUCUAGUCAUUUUAUUUAGGUACCUACUUGGUGCUAUUUGGAACUAGAUAUUUUUGGAACUUGAACGCUUAACAAGUUUUUGUUAAAGGAUUACAUUUAAAUAGAAGGACUGCAUCAAGAGAUUUCUUUUAGGAUAAUUCUGCUAUCUUUAUUUAGGGAUGUGACUCCUUAAUAGGUAUUUUGCUUCAAUAAAUGCAGCAAUUGUUCCCAUGUUGUCUCUUAUUUUCAUCUAUCUUCAAACCAGAGUUGUUUUGAUCUUAGACUACUUUUCUCCUCUGCCAUUUACAGUCUGCUAGCAUAUCAGAAGACAUAUCAUCAUUUAUUUGCUUACCCUAUAUUAAUAAUUUGGGUAGUUGAUAUGCCCAAGGAAUUGCAUUAAUCUUGAAAGCAGUUGUAUCUUAUAAUAUCUUUUCAUAUCAGUUGUCAUUUAUUUGUUUAGUAAAAUAAAACCCACUUGGUAAACUGACUGUCAGAUCACAUGUUGCCUAAUUUUAAAAGUUAUUACACAGGUAAAAGUAAAUGUGUCUAAGUACAUUUAUCUAGAUUUUCUAAAUGCUACUGUUCAUUCUACUAUCAGAUUGUAGAGAUAAACAGCAAAGUAUAGACUUUGCUGCAAUAACCCUGAAAAAUCACUAAUCCAGG